AUGCCGGAAGACUCAGAACGUGUCGAAGAGCACGUCCCCUCGCCGCUGGUGGUCGAGGAGAAGGAGAAGAGUGACACCAAGCAGAUGUCUUCGUGGAAGGAACCAUCCAUCAAAGAAGUUCCUCUACCGGCAUACACAGACAAUGAAGCUCUUUCGACUGAAAAGAUCGGCCCCUUGGAAGACGCGGAGGAGAUCGUUACUCAUGUCAUUCAUGUGGACGAUGACCCGUCCCUCAGUCCCUGGACCUUUCGCAUGUUCUUCAUUGGCAUCGGUCUCUCGGCCUUUGGUGCUGUUCUCCAAGAGAUCAUGUACUUCAAGCCUCAGGUUGUCUUUGUCUCAGUCAUGUUCUUGACAGUCCUGGCCCAAGCCAUGGGUACUUUCAUGGCAGCCUUCCUCCCAAAAGGCGGUGCUAUCGGCCGGUUUCUCAACCCUUUCCCGUGGAACCGUAAGGAGCAUACCGCAGCGGUCCUGAUGGCUUCGGCUGCCUCAGUUUCUGCACUGUCGACAGAGGCGCUGUCUGUACAAAAGCUCUGGUAUGGGGGUUAUCCCAACCAGGUCGCCGGAAUUUUCAUCACCUUAUCCUCCCAGCUCCUUGGGUACGGUGUUGCCGGCAUGAUGCGAGGCGUUUUGGUGUAUCCCACUUCGAUGCUGUGGCCUGCAAAUCUGCCCAUCACGUCUGUCAUGGAAACUCUGCAUAAGCCCAAGGCAGAGACGAGGAAGCGAUUCAAAGUCUUUUGGAUUGUUUUCGCGGCGAUCUUCUGUUGGGAGUGGUUCCCUGAGUACAUAUUCCCCCUCCUGUCGGCAGUCUCAAUCUUCUGUCUUGCAGAUCAGAAUAAUGCCGUCUUCACCAAUCUGUUUGGUGGUUCUCAGGGUAACGAAGGCAUGGGCUUCCUUUCCGUGUGCUUUGACUGGAAUUACAUUGCUGGAUUUGGAUCGCCUUUGUGGAUGCCUUUGCAGACCCUCACCAACAGUUUCAUUGGUUACCUGGGAUGCGUCCUUCUCUCAAUGGCCCUCUAUUACGGCAACAUCUGGCGGGCUCAAGAUUUCCCCUUUAUGUCUCAGCUUCUCUACGACGGCAGCUCCAACUCUACCAAUUACGUUCCGUACAACGAGACGGCCAUCAUGAAUGCAGAUUUCACGGUCAACAAUACCAUGGUCGACCAAAUGGGCACGCCAUAUUUGACCGCGACCUACGUCAAUUAUCUCAUUGUGUCCAACGCAGGUAUGACUGCCACCAUUAUACACAUGUUGCUUUGGAACUACAAAGAGGUGAAGCAAGGCUGGGCUUGGAUGACUAUGGCCAACAUGAAGAUGCUUCUGCGGCCUUCAACAUACAUGUUCUGGCAUCAAUCUGGCAGCCGGACUGAGGAAGAGAAGGAGAAAAUUCGCCAGGACCCUUCCAUCGAUCCUCACUACAAGCUGAUGCUUGACUACGACGAAGUUCCCUCCACGUGGUACUUCUGUAUUUUCGCAGUCAGCUGGAUUGUCGCGCUCGUCUGCUUGUAUGUCAUGAAGUCCACCCUCCCAUGGUGGGGCUUUGUGAUUGCCACCCUCUUCCUCUUCGUAUUCAUGGUCUUCUUUGGAGCACAAAAUGGUAUCACCGGUUUCGGUUACAAUUUGCAGUCAAUCUUCCAAAUGUUGGCUGGGUACAUGUUCCCUGGUCGUCCGCUAGCAAAUAUGUACUUCACCACCUAUACAUACAACGGCCUGUCGCAAGGCUUCCUACUCGCAAGAGAUCUGAAGCUUGCUCAACAGAACAAGCUGUCUCCCAAAGCCACAUUCACCACUCAAGUAAUUGGCUGUGUGAUGGGCGCCCUUCUCAACUACGUGAUGAUGAUCAGCAUCGUCCAAAACCAAGCCCCCAUUCUCGAGUCCGCCGAGGGUACCAACAUCUGGUCCGGCGCCCAGAUUCAACAAUUCAACACUCUCGCCAUUGCCUGGUCCAUCGCACCCAGAAUGUUCUCCUUUGGCGCUAUUUACGAAUGGGUGACAGCCGCCUUCUUGAUCGGGUUCCUUAUGCCGCUGCCCUUCUACAUCAUGCACCGAUUCUUCCCUCGACAGAAGAUUUGGCCGUACUUCAACACCGCCAUCAUCAUCUGGUACUGCGGAGAGCUUUUCGUUGGUUUGAACGCCUCCAUUACCAGCUACUACAUCAUCGGCUACUUUGGUCAAUUCUACCUGCGACGCUACCGUCCCCAAUGGUUCGUCAAGUGGAACUACCUGAUCUCUGCUGCACUGGAUGGCGGUACCCAGGUCAUGGUCUUCUUGGCGACAUUCGCUGUCUUUGGAGGCUCUGGAAAGGCGGUGCCGUUCCCCACGUGGGCUGGAAAUCUGGCAAACAACUUUGACCGAUGCAAGUACAAUGCCAAUGGGUAG